GACGUACGGAGCCCGCGAGAGUGCAAGUGUUUACCGUGCCGCGAUAGUCGUCUUGUUAUCUCGCCGAGAGUGUUUUGUUGUUGUUUUUUUUGUUGUUGUGUUUAUCAAAGGCAAAAGCUGAAGAGCAAGACAUUUAUUUAUACCACGCGGGUUCGUCGAUUCUGUCACUGUGUCCGUCCACUAUAAUCUGCACUACUCUCCGCGUCGGUAAAAACUAUUGCCAAGAUGAAGGUAAGUCCGUUAGAUUUUUUUUUUUUUGUUUUGUUUUUUAUCAUGCGUUUAAGUCUUUAAGGUGGCCUUCACUAUAAAGCUUCUCUCGUUUCUGUCUCCAACUUUUCAACGGUCAAUUCAUCAACAGUCUUGCAGUACCUUUUUAUACUCUUCUUCUUCCUUUUUAAUUUCUGUUUCGUAUAGACAUAUUUUAUCAAUAUUCUAUAACGCCACGCCAUGCCGCCACGGGGCCAUCGUGUUUAAAAUGUCUUUUAUUUUUCAGUCGACAUAAAACGCCAUCAAUAAAAGUUCAAUUGCAUAAGACAGACGCUAAUAUUUUUAUUAUGUAUUAUAAUUAUUAGACAUUAUUAUUAUUAUUAAUUAUCUACCAACGAGAAUACGCCUCGUUAAUUAUACGUUCAAUAAAUUGUUGAACUUUCGACAAGUUCAAACAUUAAACGUAUACUUAUUUUUCUUAUAGUAAGCUAUGUAUAUAGUUUACAAUACGUCUACGAAAAUGUCAAUAAUUUAAUACGAUUAAUCUAUUAAAACUUCAAAGAUGUUUUUUUUUUUUUUUACGAUAAUAUAUAAUAUAUACUGACUUUUUAAGACCUACCUAUAUAUUGUAUAAACAAAUUUUUAUUAAUUAUGAAAUCUAUAUCUACAUCUUUGAUUCUGGGAAAGAAAAGUAUAGAAUUUUAUAUCAACUUUCAAUAGUUUUUAAUGUAAACAAAUUAAAUGUUGAAAAUUGUACAAUUUAGACAAAAAAGACAGACAUACUUUGCACGAUGGGUGGGCAACUAUUGUAGAUGAGAAGUUGGGAAGGUAUAAUAUAGAGGGAAAUUUAAUUUAUGUCUGUACUCAACGAUAAACCAUUGCUAACGAAAAACGAAUUGGAGUCAAUUAUUUAUGUAUAAAAUAUAAUUUAUACAUAAACGUAAAUUUCCCCGUUAUUUCUAGGUUUUUUUCCGAUUUUUCUUAAUUAUUAUGAAAACCGCUUGAAAAAUCAAAAAAUGACCUCCUUAAAGUACCACCUAGAUAAAAUUUCCUUUAGGAAAAGUUAUUCACUGAUAAGAAAAAAUAAUAACAAACAUCAUUGUAAAAUCAAUACAUUAUUCGCUACGCUUCGAAUAUAAAAUAAAAAGAAGAAAUUAUAUUUGACAAAAUUAUUAAAAAAGAAAUUCUAAAAAUUAAAUUAAGUCUUUCUUCCCUGAAACCAAACAAACCGAAUAGGUAUAUCGAUUUUAUAUAAACAAGUAACAAUUUGUUCUGUAAACGUGCGUUAGUUUUCUAAUUUGUUAAUAUAUUUGAUAUAAUAUUAUCUAUUCAAUCAAAUUAUAAAUACUAUUAUACGUUAGUAUCUGUACACUAGUCUUGCAUAAUGCUUUCACUAUUAGUGAAUAAUUGACGCGACAUCAUCUUUAUGACUUCAUAAACAAUUGUGUGUUUAUAUUAUACUUUCGCGGCUGUAUACUUAAUUACGUACCUAUACGAAUAUUAUUCCUGCAACUCUUGCAUUCCCGACGGUUUUCCAUAAAAUAUAGAAACUGUCGAAAUAUUUCAAUACAUCGGUUUUAUUUUUGUUGUUAAUUUCUGGGUUACCUAGGCUACGGGCCAAAACACACGACCAAUAUUACUAAUAACUACUUUGCUCAGAAAUUUUAUUGUUGAUUUAUUGUUGCACACAGUGUGUUAACUUUAAAUUACCCAAUUUAUCUUUCCUUCCCGAUUACUCACCCACAACAGCAGUCUAGCCGUUUAUGUAGUAUCAGCUUUUUUUUAUUGACCUUAUAGUUAAAUACAUAUUUAUUUCAUAAUAAAAUAAUAUAGAAAUAUAUACCAUGGUAAUGGAAAUUUCGUGGAUUGAAAAUUCGAAAUACAAGAUAUAAUAACGCUCAAGUACCUCGUCGAAAUGAAAACGAAUAAAAUAACGGAAUGAUCUCAAGAGGACGCGUGUGCUGUCUCCGUCUAACGGCCGCGCUACGUAGCGAAUUUUCGACAGCGCGUGCGGUUAAAACGGCCUCUUGAAUUCAAGUUUUAAUUAGUAAUCGCACAUUAAACGUAUUUCGCUUGUCAAGCCCCGGUCGAAAUAAACACAGUACAGUUAAUGGCGUGGAAUUUCGCACGGAAUCUCCUUUUGAAAAUAAUCGUAUAAUGUGAAUGCGAAAAUCCAAAAUUCCGAUGGUAGCUACCUAACAAUUAAAAUCCUCGGUCGAAAGGAAUUAGGCGUAUGAUUAUUAUUUGCAUGUUUCAGACGUCGUCCGCGUAGGUACCUACCUAUACUCGUAUUACACGGUUUUACCGCCAAAACACCGACCGCAACGUGUUGAUGUCCGAAGGUGAAAGUCUGCAGUUGUAACGGCAAUAAACAUCUCGCGCGAGCUAUACGUAUAGAUAAAAAAAAAAAAAAUAAAAUAAAAAAAAAAUAAAAACAUAGAAAAAAAAAACCAGAAUACAAUAGUAGGUAUAAUAGUGAUAAUAAUGAUAAUAGUGAUAAAAAUAAUAAUGAAUGUAACAGUUGAAUGAGUAAUUGUCUUUCCUGCGUCCGAACCGCAGCACCCAGCAGCACAAACGACAACGAUGACGUAGGUUACGUUUAGGAUUUAUUUUGACACACGAGAGACGUCACGAUAAUAAUAUUGUAUAUUAUAGGCAACGAGAAAAAUGUCCCGACCAUUAUAAUAAUAAAAAAAAAAGUGACUACAUUUACACGAAUUGCUCGAUUAGAAAAUGCCAUGGUUUUAUGUCGGCUCAUGUGUAGGCGAAAUUUGCUCGUAUAUGUGUACAUAUAUGUACAUUAUUAAGUAUAAUUAUUAUUAUUCUACAGAAAUGUGAAUUAAAUUUCUCCUAAAUGAAUUAUUAUAAACACUUCGUUAUUAUGUGGCGUUUGCAUUUUUAGUGGACGGGAUUUAAUUUUAAAUCGUCCGUAUUCAUAAAUUAUAAUUUUUAUUUGAAACCGGUGCGGAAAGUUCUAGUUUUCGCCAUACUAUAUAUAUAAAAAAUAACAUGCUACGUACGGUUCUAUUUUUUUUUUUUUUUUUAAAUCUGAAAGUACCGAAUACCGAAAUAAUGUUAAUGAAUACCAGUUAUUUAUUUAAUACUAAGCUGUCCCGCACGGCGGUUAACCUAACCCCACGCGUUUGUAAAAUAUUAAAAUUAUCUAUUUCAUCGGAAGUCCCAUAGAUUAAUAACCAGAUUUCAUAAUACUAGACAUAUUUUAUGUACCGUAAAACCUUCAAAAUAACAAAAACGAAAAAGUUUUUUUAGAAAUUUAAGAAAAAACAAAAUAAAUCAUACCCACUUAUUGCGUGUUAGUAAUAAUUAUCACUAAAAUCUUGAAAAAUAACGCUAAAAAACGAAUAUACUUCAAGAUCCGAAAAAUAACAAUAUAAAAUUAUAUGUUGUGAAUCCCAGGUAUACAUAAAACAAAUGUUUAGCUCUACUAUUUUUAUCUGUAUCUUAUAAUAAUUAGCAAAACGCUAUAAGAUCACGAACACUGCAAGUAGGUAAUAAUAAUAAUAAUAAUAUUCUGACCAAUUUUUCCCGGUACAAUCUAAGAAUGGUAAUGUCUAUCCCCGUGUUGCACCUCAAAUACCUAAAAAUCUAUUUACUAAAGGACGGCAUCUAGAGAUAUAUCAAAAGACGAUACAAUAUGCCGAGUUGCAAAAACGACUUUUAUCUUUUAACGAUUCGGCAAUAUUAUAAUAAACUCUUAUCACUGGCGUCGUUACGUUUGCACAAUAAUUUACAGGUUCCUUCUGUAUCAAAUGAGCUCCAACUCGGGAAAUAGAAGAUUUUUUUAAUAAGAUUAAAAUUAAAAAAAGUUAUAUUGAAAUUCGAUAUGAAUUCAAUAUGAAUUUCAUUACGUUAUUGCAGGGGUAGGAUUGUUAUUUAGCUCUGAACACAUGGGUGUUCAGAAUCCUAUAUAAUCAUCUACAGAUUCUCAAAUCAAAGUGAAGGCAUUUUUUACAUAGACAUUUGAUGGAAGAAGUCACCCAAUAGUGACACUAUCGUGUUCAGAAUUUACAUAGUUAAUAAAAACCCAGUAAUAACAAAUGUUAUUAUAAUAACAGUAAACGUCAUUUUCGUCAUUUUAGAAUACAUUUUUUUGAAAUACAAGUUUUAAUAAAAUAAUUAAUAUUUUUAUAAUAAUCUCGGUUCAAUGAUUGACGAUCCGUCCAACUUAAGAAGGGCAUAACUUGUUUUAUAAAAACAAAAAAAACGUCAAGUCCUCGGUAACAGUUGUUUUGGACCGCGGCAAGUUUGAUAAUGUUUUAAAAAAGAAACCCUAAUGAAAAUAAAAAUAAAAACAGUUAUGUAAAAUGUAAUAUUGUCGACUUAUCUUGUUCAAUAUUAUUGACUCAGGGGGCAAAAAAUUAAAAAUAUUUUAAACAAUCAUGUCUUUUCUAGCUUAACACUUUUCAAUAAAAUCCUUUGAUAUCAACACAACUUCCUUUCAACUGUAUCUUUCUCUAACUCAUUUCAGGUCUUUGCGGUUAUUUUAGAAAUAGAACAAAAUUGAAAAUUACAGAUACAGUUAUUAUUGCGUAAAUUUUGCCGUUUAUCCAACGUUUUUUCUCAAUCAUUACAAAACUUUUAGGGAAAUCAAAAAAUGGCCUCCUCAAUCCGUCAACUAGACAAAAUUGGAACAUUUCUACAGAAAGAAAAAUUGUUCACAGACAGAAAAAAAAAUAUUACAAGUCAUUAUCCACUUCAUUUAAAAUUAAAAAACUUUAAUUAAUUAAGCUUAAAAUCAACUCGUUUUAAUGACGUAUUAUAUAUUUUGAGUUUAAAAUAUUGAAAAACGGAAUUCAAUAAAGGCUACGGCCCUUGUGAAGACUUUCUACAGGAAGUCUUCCUCUUUCCAACAAAAUAAUAAUCGUCAUAACCAGGCACAUACUCUACAAGGCAUAUGAGAGAUUUUCCCGUAACUUAUAUAUUUUAGAACAAAGAAAGAAAACGCGCUGGCACGACUGGUUUCUUAACUCGACUGUGUGUUAAUAACAAAUCUAUCGUAAAAACUAAAUAAUCAAGUUAAAAGUUAAAAUUAACUUUACUUUUAACUUGUUAAUUCGUCGUAGACGUUCAGUCUCGAUAAUAAUACUCGUAAUAUUAAUAUUAAUAUUCAAUAUAAAACAUCAAGUCGGUGGUGGUUAGACUUACGCCCCACUGGUAGAGCUCGAGGACACCGGUGCGCAGUGCCUGGCGCCCAGGUUUAGAAAGCAUAAACGAACACGUGCGCGCGGAAUCCGGCCCCCACACGUAGAUAAAUACGUCGCAGUCGACUAGUAGUUUCAUAAACAAAUGCAUUUUAAAAUAUCUAGCUAAAGAUAGUAGAAAAUUGUUAAAAUAAUUAUGUAGAUAGUAAUAAUAAUAAAAAAAAAGAUAAUUUUGUUCAUUAUCUAGGUACCUGUGAUAAAACCAACUGCUUGAUAUAGGUACCUAUAGUAAAAGCGUGCUGCCAGGUUUGGUACGCAUCUAGAUUUCAAAAAUGUUUUGUGAUUGACGUUACUUAAUAAUGUAUUUAUUUAUUUAAACCUUAUUAAAAUAAAUUAAAUUUUUUACCUAUUAUUUACAAUAAAUUGCAAUUUAUUAUUAUCCGGAUGAGAUAAAAAACAAAAGUAUACUUAUCUAGAUAAAAUGCAACACUGGUCGACUGGCCAUUCGCGAUCCUCUGACUGGAUUUCCUAUUUCGUAACAAUAAUUAGAGUUCGACACGUGUCGUUUCGGACGCCGGCGAUUUCACGUGACCGAAAACGUGAUAAUAAUAUGUUUUUACGCCACCGUAUUGCUGUGGCAUCUGUGUGUGCUAAGUAUUAACAAGUUUUUUUUUUCUUUUUAACAUGGUCAACACGGCAAUACGUCAUCGUACGUUAUAACAUUUAUCGUAACCAUACAAAAAAAAAAAAAAAAACUACAACCAAAUAUUUUUAGUAUUCCCGUGUUUAAUCGGAAACAAUAUCAACCCUUUUAGCUGUUCCUCUAUUAAUAUCAUAUCGUCGAGGACGGACAAUGGUCGAAUAAACGUAUUGGAACAACAGCAGGUAAAAAGGUGUGUUCCAUAGGUAAUGAUAGGUCCGCAUAGUUCCAUCCGUAAUUUAUUCUCAAAAGUUUUCAAUAUUCGUUCUAUUGGUUUAGUUGUCUCCCAAGUCUCUCCAACUAUAUGUCGUAGAGUUGAUCUUUUGAUUUUAAUAACGAGUAAUAAUAUUUGGCCAUCCGGUAUUCUUUCCACGUCGAUUGUAAGAAUACUAUUUUCAAUUUCAAACUAUUAGGAUUAACCCUUAAACCAAAUAAUUAUAGUUACGAAUGACUUGUUAAUUUUUCGUUCGCUUAAACACUUCAUUUUCUGUAAUCCCUCAUCCCUUAUAAUUAUUAAAUUUGUUUUUUAUUUUAUGUGUCCGAAAAUUGGUCAAAAUUCGACAACGUUUUUAAAUUUUUAUGUUUCAAAGAUUUAAGGGUGUUUACAUAGUAACGUAUCCAGGAAGUUAAAGAGGCUUCCACUUCCAUUGGCCAUGUCCAAGCACAAACAAAUAAUACAUACUAUUCUACAUUGAAAACCUAUUACUAAUAAAAUAAUAAUCCUUGCACAUUAAUUGUACUCAACCAAGACCUAUAAGACUCAACCGACUAUCAAAUACAAAUAAUUUUAUUGUGCUCUACAAUUAUGUAUCUUGUAAUAUAACCCCAAGAAAAAGGCAUUAUAGAAUAUAAUAUGCAAAAUUAUUUUAUUAGCAGUAUUUGUAUUUACUAUGUUUAGUCAGCCCCUCAAUGAAAGAUCCGGGGUAGAUACACCACUUCCUAGACAAUCAUCAUCCACACAUGUCACGCAAAUUGAUUUAUAUUAUUUAAUUAGCUAUUCUGCCCAGAGUUGCUCGUACCAAUUUAAUUCUCUAAUUUUUUUUAAACAGAUUUUUUUUUUUUUUUAAUUUUCUUCAAAAACCGAAACCAAUAACAGAAGUUCAAUUUAGCGUGUCUCCCCGUUUUAGCCCCCGUUCUAUCACAAUUAAAGGUUUUAAAACGGGUACUCCCUUCCCCGUAACAAUAAAAUUAACUAAUAACAAUUGUUAAUGAAUUUCACUGGUGUCAACGCACGGUAUAAUGAAAAAAAUUAACGAAACUAAUUCGAUUCGUUCCCAAAACACCAAAAACCCUAAACGAAUCGCCCUUUUGGAGUUCGAUAAUGUCGGGAAUCCGACUUCGCGGUCUAGUUACGUAAUGUUGCGAUACUUUGCGAUGUUCGAGUGACCAAAUAUAUAAUAGGUAUUUCGUUUCGGUUAAGCAAAUCAUCAACGUUAAAACAAAUUAUUCGAAAUGUCGUAACAUUAUUAUCUUUCGCUAAUACCGUACGAUUACAAAUAAGAACGAUUAGGAGGCCUCUAACGCCCCAGAAUUUCGUUAUGUUAAAUGUUACUUUCUUAAAACUGUAGUUUAUUUCAAGGACGUCGCAUGUAGUCGUCUAGACACCAGGUCCAUCCGGCACCGUGCGUUUUCGUUUGUUUUUCUGUUAACUAAUCCGCGUAGCUAACGAUCUAAUAUACAAGUAGGUGUGUACAUAAUAUUAUUAUAAGUCGUUACCGGUCCAGUAUAAUACCUAAUAAUAUGUAACCGUUCCCGUGAACACUCGAAUUUUCGUUUAAGUGGUAUUAUAACACUGAUCUCGUUCGGAUGUUGCACCAAAGGUGAACCGGUUAAAUAUUAUUCCGUCCGGUGACGGCGUGUCGUAACGAUAAUAAUACUGUUCACACAGGAAUAAACCGACGCUCCCCACACGAUACUGUAAAAUAUAUCGUGGCGCCCGCCAUUCGGUAUUGUGUAAGUGAAUCAUUGCAUUACCAUAACGAUAACACUAAUAAUAAUAUUGCGGUGUGUGAGGACUGUAAUACGUAAAACUGCGCGUUCGAUUCAAUAAUAUUUAAAUAUCUUUCGCGGAAAAAUGUUAUUUAAUAUUAUAAUAUAUACUAUAACAUUAUGGCAUUAGGCCACCGCGCACAGAGCGAGUAUGUUAACAGGUUACAGGUACACACCAAAUCGUAAUGUUUUAUAGGAAGUAAAUAGACGACGACGGUUUCUUUUUACGGCGUUUUUACACAAUUUGUAUAUUAUAACCGAUUUAAACCGACCGAUUUGUUUGGUGCACAUAAAAUACUCAAUGGUAGGGAAUGGGAAUGGAAAGAACGUUCUUAUUUAACGUAAAAUUAUCAGUCCCCUUUAAUUUAAUUCUUCGGGAACGCUUUAGUUGCAUAGUCAUUUUCAAUGAAAUUUUAAAAACUCGAAUUAGUUUUACUAAAAUUCCCCCAGUAACUGGACUCUGUUUUACUUUAAUUUAACUGAGCUAGCAUGUGUGCAGAAUAAUAUUUGAGGGGGUACAGUAUACUUUUAUGCCCAAAAUAAAAAAAAAAAUAACUAAGAUGAAUAAGAUGGUUUGGUAUGUCAGAGAAGAAUCAAAAGCUUUAAGAAUUGUAAUGAAAAUAAACAUAGGAGGAUAGUGUAGGAGCGGAAUACCGAAAAAGAAGCGGUUCGAUAGAUUGAAAAUGAUAUAAGGACGGCGGGUGUAUGCUUGAACGAUGUGGGGGAUCGGGUUAAGUGAAAGUAUAGGACGAGGGUGGCUGAUCCCAAAAUAUUGGGUUGAAGGUGGAGGAGAAUAAGAAGAUCAAUUAUUUUUAAAAUGCUAAAAUACCUACACCAAAAUAACCUUAUGAAUAACUUAUAAAAAAAUAUGCCACCUUUGUUCCCGGAAUCCUUCCCCCCCCCCGGAUAUAAAUGGCACAGAUAGAAAUGUUGACGAUUUCUUUUACGAAUUCUGUCGAAAUCUUUUAUCAAACUUUUAUAAAAUAAAAUCGCAUUUACGAAUUUUCGAUAUUUUUAUACUACCAUAACAAUAACUUCUUAGAUGACUUGUAUAUAACUAUCAGGUAUUAUAAGUAUACGAAGCCGCAAAAUAUUGAAUUAUAUCAUACAAAAAUUUAAAAAAAAAAAAUCGAAAAUUUCAAAUAGCUAUAAUAAUAGCGUACGAAUAAAAAAAGGUGAACUUUCAAUAGCAAUCAAUUAUAUACAGUUGGACAUCGUCUACAUUUUUAUAUUACAAAAAUUGUUUACGUAGCCACGCGAAUUUGGUGAAAAAAUUAAAUCUGAUCAGUACUUUUAUUUUUUUGGACGUAAUUAAAUCAAAGUGAACAUCCUUAAAAUCUAAUUUCAUCAAUUUCACAAAAUAUCUUUUGUCUAUAAUUAUGGGGUCCUAAUUUGAAGAAAUAAAAAUGUUCCUAUCAAAUUGUACAAUUUAAUUUGCACACACGGGAAUUAACCCGAAGAUGUUUCUGAUAAAGGAAUGACGGUAAAAUGUUUGAUCGUUUAUAAUGGUUUCUCAUUUGAUAAGUGCAUCUUAGACAAUUAGGUUAGGUUAGGUAUAAUUUAGGUUUAGGAUCGAUUCACGAAUACACAUUUCAAACUUAUUUUUUGUAUGUUUUCACGUCUUGACAUACGCUGUUUAUCGUAACAAGAAUUUGUAUUAUAAUAAUAUUAAUAAUACGAUGAACAAGAGGUCAGGUGUCUUUUUUUCUUUCCUACUGAAUAAGAAAUUAAAAUUUCUCGGCUCUCUUUCCGGACCAUCAUCGAGUAAAUCCAGUGGUACAGAGGUCAGGCCUUGGCUCGACUUUAUUUAAAAAUUAAGCGUAAGGCCGCUUCAUUUUGGACCGAUGUUUGAAUUCCAAACCGAAUGAAAACUUCAUUACAUUAACAAAACCCUACGCUUGCCAUAGUUCUGAACAUAAGAUGGGCUGUGUAUAGUGAUUGGAACCUCUCCAGAUGUAUUUUGCCCGGCUAUAUUUUUAAAACGUCGGCACCACUGUUCAUACAUAAGCAAAACAAAUCACAAGUAACACCGCUCCGCAAUAACAUGAAAGCGUUUUCUACCUUGCCGCGUCGACGUAGGUAACGGAACUUUUGAUCAGUCAUUCGGAACCUCGAUUAUAUUAUAUUUGCGGACAUAGAAAAGCACAAUAUUCGAUUAAUAUUUAUAUACAUACAGUUAAGAUAUUAUUAUAUCGACAAAAAAAAAAAAAAAAAAAAAAACAAGAAUUAAAUAAUCCAAUUUCCUUUCUAUGGACGACGUCACGACAAAAGGCAAACGCUUUCAUACUCAAUUGGAUAAUAGCGGUCCCCCUUUAUAAAUAUGCUUAUAUUAUACAUUAUUAAAUUCAGCGGGUUCGUAACUUGUAGCUCAAAAAAAAAAAUUGUAUUUAUAAACGCCAUAAUACAUAUAUACCUAUACACUCUUGAAAACAUGCAUAUAAUAAUAUAAUAGCGCUUCGAGUACUGAAUAUCGAAUUCUAAAUUGUUGGUCUCGUCUUUAUCUCGAUUUUUUACUAAUACGAAUGAAUAGAACAUUAUAACGAAAAAAUAACUUCCCAUAAUACAACCUAUAGGAACUUUCAUUAGAAUAUUAGAUAUAUAAAUUUCACCAAUGGUUUAUGAAUAAUAAAUAUUUCCUGUGUAAAGAAGAAAGCAAGGUCUACGAUGUUAAGGGUCAACCAUAAUUUUUACAUUACGUAAUAUUAUUCGAUAUUCGUGUAAUACACUGUUUCUAGUAACACACCCACAAUACAGAAAAUAUAAGCAAACCAGAUACAAAUAAAAUGUAAAACUGAAAGUAUACUGAAAGAAACUGUCUAAAAAUCUGUAAAACACUAGUGUUCCGGUGUCACUUAAAUAUUUCCAGUGACAGAUUAUUUUGUUUUUUUUUUUUGUCUUCGUCAAUCACAGAAUCGAAUUAAAUAUUUAUAGACUUUAGUAGUUUCCGAACUGUGUUGUGUUUUUCUAAAUUUAAAUGUAUUAUAUCGUAUAUCCUAUAUAGAUAAAUGAAAAGUGAUAACUAAUAGUGAUAACUAUCUGAACGGGUAUUUAAGAUUAAUAAUUGAAUCAUCUUAAUAAAUCUUUUUAAAUCGUAAUUUCUAUAUUAAUUAAAAAUAUUAGAUAAAAUAUUUAAUUUAUAAUAACACGAUUUAAUAAAUUAAUUACCUAUUACGUUAUAUUACCUAUAAUCACUUAAAUUUUUUUUAAAUCUAGAUGUAUACCGAAUCUGGUAAGCGUUUACCACUUUAAACACUUGAUUUUAUCUAAGUAAUGUAUAAAAUUAUCUAACUAUAGAUAAAAAUUUGCUGAUUAUUAUUAUCUCUAUCUAGAUAAUUUAUUAUUCCAGCUAUUAUCUCUUAAUGCCUUUAUCUAUACCUAUACAUAUUAUAAUUUAUCUUUAUACAAUACUAAAUCUGGAUUAUAAUUAUAUUAUUGGCUAUCGAAAUCGAUAUAACAGAUUCAUGGUCUUACUAUCAAUAUUCACAACGAUAAUAUACACAACGUUAAACUGUAUUAUAAAAUAGAUAUGUUAUUUGUUGAUAUUUUAUAUAAUUGGUCAUAGCAUAAUAUAUUAUUAUCGGUAUCUCGAAAGUCGAACGUUUUAGCGGAAUAUAUCGCUGUUAACUUUACUUUACUUCAAUGGGCGGUAAUAGUAAAUAAUAUUACAUACCUAAUAAAUUGCAUUAAAUGCAUCGAGUUCAUUCGUACGAAUGUUAGUGUAAAUAAUAAUGUGCCAUUAUCGUAUUAAAUACAGAGUGUAUCUGCAGGAUUUGACAAUUUCCUCUAUGCAAUUACAUAGGCAGUUGUCAAAUACUGCAGAUACACCCUGUAUAUAUGUAAUAUAUGUGUAGUGUAACCAUAAUAAUAUGUAAGCUGUAGUGGCUAAUAAAUGAGGUAACACGUUACUUUCAUUUUAAGAUGACCGGAACUGGCUACCUACCUAUACGUAUCAGGAUAAACUGGUUUUGUAAUAACAAUAUUAACCGAAUCUAAACUUUCUCCUACCGUAGGUACUGCAAUACUGUAUUGAUAUAUCAAAUUACUAUUAGAACUAAUCAUCACAUAACUCACUAAUCACUAUUUUAAGACAUUGAAAAUGUUUCGAAAUUCACAGAACGAGUCUUCGUUCGUUGUUGUUAUGGUAUCCUAUAUAACGAAAUUAGUUCUGCCGUAUACGGCACGCGCUUAUAUUAUUGCGACAAACCGAUAUUUUUAUGAUUAUGAUUGUUUGAUUAUUAUUUUUUUAUUUUUCUAUAUAGAUCUUCGUGCUGACAAUAGUUAUUUUCGCCCUAAACGGUUACGUAACGAGGGCGUCAUCUCUAGACCCCACCGAAACGUUCGAAAUGGAAGACAUGAUGAACAACAGCAACGAAGACACGAGGAACAAGAGGUCGGGAUCAAUUUUUUCUUCGCUAAUGAAUAAGAAAUUAAAAUUGCUCGGCUCUCUUUCCGGGUCGUCGUCCAGUAAAUCUAUGGGUCAUCCGUCCGGUCAUUCGGGACAUUUCGAACAACCACCAUUGGUAAAUGUAGUGCAGUUGUGCUUUUGUACGACGCCUAUAACUGAGUGUUUUUACCGAUUAAUUUUCGAACAAUGUCCAUAAAACGGCCAAUAAUGUACGAAUAUAUUGUUUUUUUCAGUCUUACCACACGAAAUCGUUCGAUUUAUGGGGCGUUAAAAAGGCAAUAUUUUCGUCGGUGCUGCAGGCCGCCAAAGCGAUUACCGGCGGAGUUAUCGCCCUGAAAGGUCAACUCAUCAAGGCCAAAGGACACGUGGUCGUGGCCAAAGGGAAGCUGCUGCAGAACAAAGGACAAGCGAUUUCGAACUUCGGUCAGACAAUCGCGACACACGCGUUCGACGAGCACCACGAGCAACCGCCGCCGGCACACUCCAGCGUGGGCUUAUACAAUCAUUUACCCGCUACGCCGGUACACCAGCCGACCAGUAAAUAUAAUAUUCCGUCAAUUUCGUUUUGUUAUUAUUGUUACUUGGCGUUUUGUUUUUCGACAUUUCAAUACCGGCGUUGUUUUCUACGAUUUGAUCAGGUUACGGGGCUCCUUCCGCCAUGGGAUACCAAGAGCAGGUCUACUCGAAUAACGGGUAUCAACCAGACGCCGGAUACCACGGAUCUCCGCGUUAUCCGACGGCGCCGGCGUCUACCGGAUACGAAGGUGGUGCCUCGGACUAUUCCGGACUCGGCGGAGGAAACGGUUACUCGGGAAAGAGAGCGGUGCAAAACGACGGGCAUAAACCGUCUAUGAAUCAACUGACUGGUGCCCGUGAGUAUCUCCGCAUUACGGUUAUGACGCACACUAUUAUGUAUCGCUAUUCAAUGACGUAGCCGAGAUUUUUAAUAGGAGGGUUUAACCGUGACAAUUUAAACUUAAACUCAACCGCCCGGUAAAAAUUCAAAGAAACGAAGAGAGAAUGAAUACAGCGUGUAUCCCGACUUCUGUUAUUUUACGCCCCUUGUGUAGCUUUUGAAAAAACACGACGAGUAACAAAAAAAAGUUAUCAAUGUGUCGAUAAGCAAACAAAUCUUAUUUGAUACCCGAUCCCCGGUCAUCAUUACAUUUUUAUUUCUUCCCUACAUUAUAAAACAUGCAUUUUCCUUCGUAAUGACCGCUUGCGCCCAGUAAUGCGCGUACACAUUCCCCCUGUCGGGAAACAUUGGUACAAGCAUUACCCGAUUCACGCGAGAAUGUUUUAAACGUGGAAAUCUGGAAACAGUGUCCAUUAUUUGUUGUUCGCAUCAUAAACGAAUAAUUACUAACGAUAUCGGUGUUCACUAAUCGUUAAUUAGUGCGUGAAACAAAACCCGUUAUUUAGAUAGGUAGGUGUACAUUAACAUGAUUGAUUGAUCAAUAGUAUAAACAUGCACAAUUAAUAACGCGUCUACGAUUCAAUCCGUAAUGGACAUUAUUGUUUAUUGCCGCGGACUUCAAACCGACGGAAUUAUUUAACGAAACGCCCGCGUAUUCACGGUGGCGAAUUUAAGGAGGGGGCGAAAAGGACGAUUUCCGGGAUCGAAAACUGUUUUAAGGACACUGGAAUUUAAACGAUUUUAAGCGGACGAUUUUAAACAAAAGAGGAAAACGAGGUCGGGGUAAGGAAAAUCAAUACAAUUUUUAAAUAUGGGUGUACCCGUUUAAAUGGGAAACAUUUGAUUUUGCACGGGGCGUUAAAAUCCCAGAUUCACCGCUGCGCGUGUCUGAAGUAACAUCGUAUUAAACCAUACCGGCUGAAAACAUAUUUAUAGCGAGUCGAUAGUAAUUAAAUUACAUAAUAUCGAACUUAUAUGAAUAUCUGAAGGGACCCCAUAUAAGGCACACUUCCGUAUGUAGAGUGAUACUUUCUACAAUUUGGCAGUUUUUUUUUUUUUUUUUAUCAUAUACGUGACCAGUAUUUACGAUUAGAGCCACGACGUAUGUACCUCUCGAGACACGAAAACAUAAAUAUUUUAUAAACGUACUAUAGGUAUCCCGCCCGGUCUUGCCCGUUUCAGUGUAUGGAACAAACGAAAAUUCAGGUGACGCCCAAAAAAAUGUACCGAUAAGCGAAAUAAAAUAUAAACGCGUCCGUUGAGCGUUCGGUGGGAGUUUACGCACGUUUUUUAAACCAAUUUAAGGUGUGCGAUCGUAUGAAUGCGUGUUUGUACUAUUUUUCCAGGGUAUAAUCUAAUUCGAAAAUGGGUAUGCGCCGUAUACCGCCAUACACUCAAAACCCGAACAACACUGGGUGUGGCCGUUAAAUGAUAGAAUAGUGAAUGUUCCAAAUUUCACGUUACAGUAAAAUUGUCCAUGAAACACCAACUAAUUUUUUUAACAAAUGACUUGUGCAAAAACUCAUCGGAACAUUUUCCUUAUUUUUAUCACCCUUAUUUACGGGGUUCUCGACCGGUUACCUAUUUUCGAUUUUUAAACAGAAACCCAUAUUGAAAAUUCCAUGAAUAGACGAAGUACCAGUUUAAAUACGUGUUGUUGUUGACAUUUUUGAUUUCCGUCAACCCGUUGACAAGACAUUUCACUUUGGGCGAGGAGGAGAAUAGAAAAACGUAACUCGUGUGGCGGCGCAGCUUGCGGCGGCGUUCGAAUAAUGUUCCGCACGGGUCGACGGAAAUCAAAAAUGUCCACACUGAAAUUUAACUCAUCGCUAUAUUUUUUCGUUUCGUAUCGUUUUGUUUUUUUUUUUUUCAAGUCGAAAAAGACACGGUUCGAGCGGGCCUGUUGCUGUUCAAACCCAUCAAGCUACCUCAUGGUACGACGGGUGGCGGUAGUUCGGCGUUUCAAAAUUCCGGCCUAGAACACUUGUUCAGUCAACGGCCAGCGGACGUGGGCAAAAUAUUCUCGCUUCAAAACUACAAAACCGCCGCGUCGCAGGAAACCAUCAAUCUCCCCAGCCCAUUCCCGGGAUUCCAAGGGACGCCGACGCAAAACGGCGGUGGGUACUCUUCGUAUCAGGCUCCGACUUACGUGAUGCAGCAGAAUACCGGUUACCCAUCACAGGGCGCGGACUAUCCGCAGUUCCCGCCAAACAGUGCAGGCGGCACCAGCGAUAGCGGCGAACGGGUGUCCGCGGCCCCGAACCAAUAUAACGGUUACGGGUUCCAAGGUUACAAGUCGCAAGAGUCGACCAUUGGUCAAGAACUUGGCAGUCAAACAGGCGGCGGAUUUUCGGGCCAUCAGUUGCAAUCCUAUUCGCAAGAAAACGGCUACGACCAAAACGAGUCGGCUUCCGUGUCGCAGGAGCACGAUGCGCAGGCCACGUACACGGUCAGCCGCAGUGCGGAAAGCCCCAGGAAGCCAAAGCCAUCGAAUACGGGGGCCGCGUUCACAAAGUCCGAACGUUUUGUUGCCGACUUUUUCCUGCCGACCACGCCAAAGGACAACAGCGACCGCCAUACAUACACGAAAAAGCGCAGCGUGGCGAAGAACGGUGAACUGGCUACACUCGAGUCGGUCGAACCCGCAAGCAUAGUGCCGUUGACAUACGACAGCGACACGUCAAGGGCGGCGGAAGAGCAAGCUAAACUGAAACAGACCGUUCAACGGUUUUUCAGCAUUUUGCAGCAGCAACGCUGUAAGUAUAACCAUUAUACAGCUGUACCGUAAUUACUGCGAAAAAUAUACCCAUUUUCGUGAUAAAACAAAUCGCAUCGAGCCCAGGCCAAUUCUCGGAUCGGCCUUUGAAACUUCAUUUCCGAAAGGUCUCGACUUAUGUCCGGAGGGUUCGUAAUCGAACUGAGUACAUACGUAUACUGAAGUAACAUAAUAACACACCUGAUUAAAAUUCUUUUUUUCACUGCGUUGUAUUACAUUACUGCACUGAAACGCAUAAAUAUAUAUUAUAUUAAUCACCGGGAAACAAUGGCGAACUGUUAUUGGGAUAUGGGUGAAAACUGGGAAACGCGUUAAAUUAAAUUUUGAAACGAUUCAGCCCGGGAAAUUCCGGGAAAUUUCAGUCGAGUAUGACACACGAGGGCGUAAACAUACUACGAGGUUACUUACCCAUACAAUAACCAGCUCCGGACUGAUUGUUGUUAAGCAAAUGUGUUUAGCAAGGGCAGCUACAGGGGGGGAGGCUAGCGGCCACGCCCCCCGAGUCCGUAUUUUUAAUUAAAAAACAAUUUUACAAAAAAAAAAAAAAAAUUAUACACUGUCGGCUAUUGCAAACACGUACGAGCGCGAGUGCAAGUUAGAGGUAUCUAAUAUCUAUACUGCCAAAGUAUAAAUAAACCAUAAAAAUAUUAAAUAUGCUUUUUAUUAUACAGUUUUUUUUUUUUUGAAAAAUAUUACUUAGCCCCCACCCAACCAAGUAUCCGGAGCCGCCUCUGGUUUCUAGUGUAGGUAUAACAUGAAAAUUAAAAAAAAAAAAAUGAUUAUUAUUAUAGUCGGCACAUUACAUUAUUAUAAGUUUUAAGCCUGAAUAUCGUAAUCAAAGUAGCGAUUAACACGUAGACAAAUUAUGGACACAAAUUAAAAAGGGGUUUGAACGCACACCCUGACCCGCGCUCUAAAUGACGCCCCUGAAAUCGGCUAUCGUACGUGUGCGAAUCGCAGAUUAUAUUAUAUCGGUAAAAGUAAACCAAUAUAAUAGAUACCGGAAAAAAAAAAUACGAAUAAUCAAAUAAAAUAGGGGACAACACUAUAUACGACCGUUUUUAAUCGAAAUUUUUCGUAUAAUUUUUAUAGGAGACCGAUGUGGAAAUCCACGGACACCAGAAUAACGGAGACCAUUAAAAAUAAAAUAAAAUCAAACACGGUCGGAAACAUUUUACCAACGACUGUGUUUACCCAUAGCUAGUCACUUUUGCCGUGUAUCAUUUCGUUUUCGUAUAAUGUGCAACGCAUUCGUUUUUGUAUAACUCUCUUUUUUUUUCUUUUUUUUUUUAUUUGUAUUAUUAAUAUUAUUAUCAUCAUUAUCAUUAUUAUUAUUAUUAUUAUUAUUAUUAUUAUUUGAUAAUCACUUGCGUUUUAUCGCGUCGAUAACACGAUAAUAUUAUAAUAAUACGCGCUCAAGUUCGAACGAAAACGAACAUUGUUGAUUAAAAAUACAAGUAGGUAUAUUACAUAUAUAAUAGUGUAGAUAUAAAACAGCAGUGCUUUUAUUCGGUGCACGCCAUCGUGACACGCACACCGGCGUAGAUCGCGACAGUUAUUAUUUAUUCCGUUAUCGCGGCGUUUAGUUUUCUCCUAGUUUUUAAGCGAACGUCCGUUUAUCGUCGACGUUAUUUUAAAAAAUAAUUUCACGUUUGUAGUUACGGCAAUUAUUACCGUGUAUUUAAUCAUUAGCGUAUAGAAUAUGGAUUUUAGCAUAGCGUAGUAAUAAUUAGUAAUAAUAUUAUUGUACAAUAUUGAUUAUGAAUACGAAACCUAUUGAAACAGUCUACAGAUUUAUUGCGUUUAAUCGAAAUCGUGAAAAAUAUAGUACAAUAGAGACACGUGUUGUAAAUUAUUAAAAAUAACUGUGUUGUAA